ACUUCCGAGCACAGUAGCUUCACUGCGCGGGGGCAACUCGCGUCCUUUUGUCGUCCACUCGCCACUGCUACUAACUACUAAAAGCUCGCCUGCGCGUCUCCUCUUCUUUCUGCUUCUCUUCUUCCUUCCAAAACCCUAACAGGAAAAAAAAAUAAAAAAAUGAAGUAUUUGAUGCUCAGAUCUCUCGAAACCGCCCUCAGAAGAAGGGCUUCUUCGUCUUCCCUCUCUCACCUCUCUCGCCGAUCUUAUUCGUCUGGGUCGAACCCCGAACGCAAGGUCGCCGUCUUGGGCGCGGCUGGCGGCAUCGGACAGCCUCUCGCCCUCCUCAUGAAGCUCAACCCUCUCGUCUCCAAGCUCGCUCUCUACGAUAUCGCCGGCACUCCUGGCGUCGCUGCAGACGUCAGCCACGUCAACACCAGAUCUGAGGUCGCGGGAUACAUGGGCGAAGAUCAGCUGGGCCAGGCUCUGGAAGGAUCUGACCUCGUCGUCAUCCCCGCGGGCGUUCCACGGAAGCCAGGAAUGACUCGCGAUGAUCUGUUCAACAUCAAUGCCGGCAUCGUUAAAUCUCUCUGCACUGCGAUCGCCAAGUACUGCCCUAAUGCAAUUGUUAAUAUGAUAAGCAACCCGGUGAAUUCGACGGUCCCGAUCGCUGCCGAGGUUUUCAAGAAGGCAGGGACUUAUGAUGAGAAGAAGCUGUUUGGUGUGACCAUGCUUGAUGUGGUUAGGGCGAAGACUUUCUAUGCUGGAAAGGCGAAAGUUCCUGUUGCUGAGGUUAAUGUUCCUGUUGUCGGGGGGCACGCUGGUAUUACCAUACUUCCUCUCUUUUCACAGGUGACGCCAAAAUCCAAUGGAUUGUCGGAUGAAGAAAUAAAGGCUCUUACGAAGCGGACCCAAGAUGGGGGGACGGAGGUUGUGGAAGCAAAGGCUGGAAAAGGCUCUGCGACGUUGUCCAUGGCCUAUGCUGGAGCCGUCUUUGCUGAUGCUUGCUUGAAGGGUCUUAAUGGGGUUCCAGACAUUGUUGAAUGUUCCUAUGUGCAAUCAAGCAUCACCGAAUUGCCCUUCUUUGCUUCCAAGGUGAGACUAGGGAAGAACGGGGUGGAGGAAGUGCUUGGGUUGGGUCCCCUCUCCGAUUUCGAGAAGCAAGGUCUGGAGAAUCUGAAGGCUGAGCUCAAAUCCUCCAUUGAGAAGGGAGUCAAGUUUGCAAAUCAAUGAAGUUGAUUUUUAUAAGUUUCAAGAUGCCCCAAUUUUGAGUUUUUGCUAGAAAUGAGCACCUUUUGACCGUUUAUUGUUUUAACCCUUGCUUGGGGGGGAGCUAUGCUGCAUUAGCCAUUGGCCACAAAUGACUGGAAUUUCUGUCAAUAAAGGUCCAUGGAGAGCCAUAACACAAUGGUAUCAUUUUUUUAAAA